CUUAUUGUUUUUCUGAAGGGGAGAAUACAUUCAAGACCAUCACCGUGCUUAUAAGAUUAGCCCACUCCAUGUAACUUCGAGAAAUCCCCAAAUCUAUACUAUUCUUUCUCAUUCCUGCCGGCUGGGUCAGGGUGGCGCCACUGUCCUCAACGUAACAAUAAUCACUGUUCAGACUAACGGUGUCUCCCAUGGCUGCGUCUGCUUGUACAGCUCACAGUUUCUCUCAUCCCCAUGUAGCCUCCACAUCCCAAUGCGUCCUAACCCUAUCUCCUCCCAACAAUAAACCUUUGGGUUUUCCCAGUGGUACAAGGUACAGAAGAAACACUACUACUGCCACAGUCACCUUCUCACCAUUGCGCUUUUCGACUAGAGCAACAAAGAGUGACAGUGGAGCGAAUGUCAGUAGUGACAAAAAGAAAGAAGAGAAACAAGUGUUGGAAGAGGAGGUUGAAGAGGAGCUGCCAUGGAUACAAGAGAAAGCAUUGGACCUGGUUGAGUUUACCGGUUCUGUGACUCAGGCAAUUCCUGGCCCCAGGGUCGGCCAUAGCUCGUUACCAUGGAUUCUUGCGGUGCCCUUGACUUACUUUGGCAUCACUUUUGUCAUUGCCUUUGUCAAAACCGUCCGCAAAUUCAAUUCACCCCGAGAGAAGCGUAGAAAAUUGGUAAACAAAAAUGCUGAGCUAUGCAAGUCAAUCGAUGAGUUAUUUGAGAAAGGAAAAGAUUAUGUCGAGCCUUCAACUUUAAAGGGACUGGCACAAAAGACAGGUUUUGAUAUGGAGGAGAUUUUCCGAAAAUACAUUCGGUACUCCUUGAAUGAGAAGCCAUUUAGCCCAGAUUUAAUAGCAUAUUUAAUUCAGUUGAGGAAAGCAUCAAUGCUGACUGAUACUGAAGUAGCUGGAAUACUGAAUGAAAUUUCACGUCGAGUUGUUCAAGACAAAGGUCCAGUUGUUAUGGAUAUAUCAGGCUAUUCUGAGAAGGGUUUGAAGAGAAAACUUGCUGUGCAAACUCUUUUUGGGAAGAUUUAUUAUCUCUCUGAGCUUCCAGAAUUCUGCUCAAGGGAUAGCUCCUUAACUGUUAAAGAAAUAUUUGGAGUGGCUGAUGAGGAUGCUGAAAAGCUUCGGUUACAUACUAUCCCAGAAGCUGGGAACAUGGAUUCACUUGAGAGGAUGGUGAACGGUUCAGAUUCAGAAGAUUCUGAGUGAUGAUUUGGCUACUGUUUCUUAUUCAUGUACACUUGAGUGUAGAGAAGUUGUAGGUUGGGACAUUGUGGAGAGUAAUACAAAAUAUGACAGAGAACUCUAUUCCUACCCAAGUUAUCCCCAACAGCGGGAAAAGAAAAGUUAGAAGUCAGAACGUAUAGCCCCCAUGAAGCUUGUGAAAUUGUCUAGAAUUGCUUCAAUUUUGUGCCCACAACACUUCUGAUACAAAAUGCUUGUGUUGCAUAUUUCUGUUUCGAGGUAGACAUAUUUCAAUAGUGCAAGCCUUAAAAUAGCAGAAAUUAUUACAAAUCCCCCAGUGCUAGGGAAAAGUACUUUUUGACAUUGACAUAUGGAGUAGUUUGAAUUUUUUUUUAUCA